AUUUCUUCUAAGCAGACACUGUACAUACACAUACAUAGCUGCAUACACAAGAUGGUAUUAGCAGACCUCGGGAAACAGCUCAACAACGCUCUCGGGCAAUUAUCACGCGCUUCGGUCGUCGACGACAAGGUCAUCGAAGCACUGUUGAAGGAACUAUGUUCGGCGCUGUUGCAAUCCGACGUCAACGUCAAGCUCGUAGGCUCGUUACGGACCAAAGUUCGAGCAAAGAUCAAGAAAUCGCUAGAAGAAGCCGAAACAAACGGCACCGUCCGAGAAUCCAACAAGAAACAGAUCGUUCAGAAGGCCGUCUUCGAUGAGCUCGUAGCGUUGGUGGAUCCGGGUCAGGAACCUUACAAACCGAUCAAGGGCAAAUCGAACGUCUUGAUGGCGGUGGGAAUCCAGGGAGCGGGGAAGACGACGACGUGUACCAAGCUCGCCGUGCAUUAUCAACGGAAAGGGUUCAGAACAUGUCUGGUCUGUGCGGAUACCUUCCGAGCCGGAGCCUUCGAUCAGCUCAAACAGAACGCGACCAAGGCCAAGAUCCCAUUCUACGGUAGUUAUACAGAGACGGAUCCGGUGGCGAUCGCAGCUAUGGGUGUGCAAAAGUUCAAGAAAGAGCGGUUCGAUAUCAUCAUCGUGGAUACUUCUGGACGGCAUAAACAGGAGAGCGAGUUGUUUGCCGAGAUGGUCAAUAUCGGGGAGGCCGUCAAACCCGACAUGACUAUCAUGGUGCUCGACGCCUCGAUCGGUCAAGCGGCAGAGGGGCAGAGCAGAGCGUUCAAGGAGAGUUCGGAUUUCGGGGCGAUCAUCGUUACCAAGCUGGACGGGCACGCCAAGGGAGGUGGAGCGAUCUCUGCCGUCGCAGCGACCAAGACGCCAAUCAUCUUUUUGGGUGUCGGAGAACAUUUCAACGAUCUGGAGCGUUUCGUGCCUUCGCCCUUCAUCUCGAAAUUGCUCGGUAUGGGGGAUAUGCAAGGUCUUUUCGAACACAUGCAAGACGUAGCGAUGGCCAAUCCAGACAAGCAGAAAGCUAUGGCAAAGAAGCUGGAGGAGGGCAAGUUUGCACUGCGGGAUUGGAGAGAACAGUUGACGACCUUGAUGAGCAUGGGAUCAAUGUCGAAAAUCAUGUCCUCGAUUCCAGGCUUGUCGGGCGCCAUGGAGGGCAUGUCAGAUGAGGACACGGGGGCCAAACUGAAACGCAUGAUCUACAUUAUGGACUCGAUGCGAACGGACGAGCUGGAUUCAGAUGGAUUGAUAUUCAUGCGGCUCGACAAGGACGGUCUGCCAUAUGCGCUCAACAAGCGAGCCGCUCGAGUAGCAAGAGGGAGCGGGACGAGCGUCAAAGAGGUGGAAGAGUUAUUGGCACAGGCAAGAGCAAUGCGAGGGCUAGCCAAAAUGGCUGGAGGCAUGGCAAAUGCUAGCAAGCAGGAUUCAUGGGCCAAGGCAGCUCAACAGAUGCAAGCCGGUGGUCAGCGUCCCAACAUGCAGCAAGUCCAAGCGAUGCAAAAGGCUAUGCCUCCAGAGCUCCUGCGACAGAUGCGAUCGGCAGGAUCGCCCCAGGCCGCUCAGAAGGUCAUGCAGGAGUACAUCGCCAAGAACGGCGAGGGGGGCAUCGACAUGCAGUCCAUGAUGAACGCAAUGAUGCCAGGAAUGGGAGGUAUGAUGGGAGGAGGAAUGCCGGGAAUGCCAGACAUGGGAAGUUUGAUGAACAUGAUGGGAGGCGGGGGUGGUGGCGGCAUGCCUAACCUGGGCGCCCUGCGAGGCAUGAUGGGCAUGUGAUCGACCCAAGAUCUUCAGAUCGGCACGAGACAUCACGCUCUCCCCCUCCACAUAUUCGCUUUCGAUCGAUUUCAUCGCGAGACAUUACACAGCUUUAAU